CUUGAGGAAUGCGACGUCGUUCCACUCUUUUCUGAUGAAAUACUGCCUUUGCACUUAUACGGCGUCGUCGGUCUCUUUCUCUGUGUUGCUUAACUUGCUUUUUCGCUCAAUACGACGCCGUUUCGCUUUGGCGGACGAAAUACUCUGUCGUGCAAUCGAUCGCUCCAAAAUCCGAACUUUAUACGGCGUCGCCUUCUCUCUCUCCUUCUCUCUGUGGGUUGCUCUCUUCAACUUUGAGGAGCCAAUAAAUCUAAACAAAACAAGCUUCGGUUUUACCAAUCAAGUAAAGAGUUCAAUUGGGGAGCUAUUUUACUGACUUUAUUCUGAAUUAUGGCUGAUUUGGGGGAAUUAAGCCAAUGAAGAAGCUCCUUGGUAGCUGCCCAGAAGCUCACCGUUUUCUAAAAUUUCGCAGAUUUCUUGAAAUCCUCGAGUGAUGGCACCCAGGACUCGGAAACCAGUAGCGAAAAGAAGACCAAGUCAAGUAUCACGAGAUGGGGGUGGAAUGGAGGAACAUGGGCAACUACAAAACGAACAAGAACCAGAAAUGGAAGUCAGGCAACAACCAAUUCAAAAGCAAGUAAUGGCUCGUAGUACUCGAAGUGCAACUGCCAGUCGUACUGCCCGGUCUGGGAUUCUAGAUAAGCUGCAAAUGAUGGAGAAUCAGCAACAACUGCAGCCACAAGUCUUUCCAAAAGUGACGGGUCCUAGAACUCGGAGAGCAACUGGAAACCAAAGUGGGUAUCGCGGGUUAGAAGAAAUGGAUCAAAUGGAUGGAGAUGGGGAACACCAAAACGAAGAACUGGAGAUUCAAACGAUCCAACAAACAAAUGGUCGACAAGUGAUGGCUCCCAGGUCCCAAAGAUCAGCUGUGAAUAGAAGACCAAAUCCUGGAUAUCUGGAAGAGGAUGAAAUGGAGGAACAUGAACAGCAAGAAAAUGAACAGCAUACAAACUUGGAAGUUACUGAUGCACUUAAAAAUGCAUUACAGAUCUUGCUGGCUUCUGGUUCUCGAAGAGAAAAUACCAAUCAAAAUUCCCAUAGUCCAUUUCAAGAUAAUCAUCAAAGGCAGGAGAAUGGGCAAUGGAAAAAUAGACGACAGAUGCAGCCACCAAUCAGUCAACAAGCUUCUGUUAUGACUCCUACAACUAAGAAGGCAACUGGAAGCCACCUUGGGUAUCACAGAUUACGAGAUGAGAACCAAAUGGAAGGGGAUGGACAGUACCAAAACAAAGAACAACCAGACUUGCAAAUGACUCAACAAGCAAUGGCUUCCAGUACCCGAAGAUCAACUGCGAAAAGAAAACUGAAUCAAGGGUUGCUAGAUGGGGAUGAAAUAGAGGAACAUGGGCAGCAAGGAAAUGAACUACCAAACUUGACAUUCACUCAAGAAGUUGAAAAUGCAUUAAAGAUCUUGAUGGCUCCUAGUACUCGAAGAGAAAUUACAAAUCUAAAUUCCCGUUCUGGAUUUCGAGAUAAGAACCAAAUGAAAGAGAAUGGGCAGCCACAGAAUAGGAAACAACCACAGCCGCAAAUCAGUCGCCAAGCUUCCAUGAUGGCUUCUAGCACUCAGAAGGCAACUGCAAACCAAAGUGGCUAUCACAGAUUACGAGAUGAGGACCAAAUGGAAAGAGAUACACAACACCAAAAUGAAGAACAACCAGAGUUUCCAACGACUCGGAAGACUAAGGAUCAACAAGUGAUGACUCGUAGUACCCAAAGAUCAACUGCAGGAAGAAGAGUAAAUCAUGGAUUACUUGAUGAGGAUGAAAUAGUUGAACAUGGGCAGCGGGAAAAUGAACGAGUAUCAGACGUGGAAGUCACUCAAGCAAUUGAAAAUGCAUUAAAGAUCUUGAUUGAACCUAGUACUCGAAGAGCAACCACCAAUGAAAAUUCUCAUCGUGGAUUUCAAGAUAUGCAUCAAAUUAAGGAGAGUAGGCAGCAGCAGAGUAGGCAACAACUGCAGCCAGAAGUCAGUCAACAAGCCUCUAUUUCUGCAGUAAGGCCUCCUAGAUCUCAGAAUGCAACUAGAAACCAAAGCGGGUAUCAAAGGUUACGGGAUGAGGACCAAAUGGAAGGAGAUGAAGAACAACAAAAUGAAGAGCCACGAGAAAUUCAAAAGUCUCAACAAGCAAAUGAUAAAAUAGGAACAGUAAAGCGGGCCCGAGGACCAACUUUACUGCGUGAUAUUUGGGGAAGGAAUCCAGAUGAAGAGCGGAUCAAAGUUAACUUCAAUAAGAGAGGUCAACCUGUUGGCCCCAACAAAAUGAAAUUUGCUGGGUUUUUAGGUACAUUAGCAAGAAAUGGUAGAUAUGCUCCACUUGACAUUGAAGAUUGGCGCAAGGUGCCUAAAGAGAACAAAGAUGAGAUGAUAAAGUUGGUGAAGGAGAGAUUCGAAAUUCCCGAAGGCGUGGAAAGUUGGAUCUUGUUGUCCAUUGGCAAGAAGUGGAAUAGCUGGAAAUCAAGGGUCAAAACUCAAUGUUUCGUUCCUACAUUGCCAAUAGAUGAUCAAACCCAUAAGCCACCUCGUGGAGUAAACGAAGAGCAAUGGAAGAAUUUGGUGGCAUAUUGGGCCAAUGAAGAUGUAAUGGAAGAAAGCGAAAGAAACAAAAUUAACCGCCAACAGUCAGUUAUGCAUCAAACUACUGGGAAGUUGAGCUUCGCCGAAAGGGAAGAAGAGUUGAGAGAGCGAUUGGGUCGAUCUCCAACACGUGUAGAGAUGUUUGCCGCAUGUUUUACUCAUCGUAAUGGCGAUCCCUCGUCUCAUGAAGUUGGAGUUGCACUUUCUCGAAUGAGAGAAUACCAGUCCAAAUUGCCUCAAGGUUCAGACGAUCCGGUUCGGCCUGAUGACUCAUUUGCCAAAGUUAUAGGCCAUGAUCCACCUGGUAAGGUACGCAUGCUAGGAUUAGGUGCGAACCCAUCGGAUUUGUGGGGCAGCACUCCAAGUCGCGGUGCAUGCUUAAGAAUGGUCCUGGAAAGCCAAGCAGCAAUUGCGCGAAUGGAGGAAAAGAUGGAUCAAUUUUCAAAAUUAUUUGAAAAAAUGCAGCCGCAGAAUAUGCAGCCAGAUCAAAACCCAAAUGAUAUUCGCGUUACAUGCACACCCGUAUCACCUAAUCAAUCUUCCAACUCGAAUUUUGUAGGACACAAACUUCAGGUUGGUGAUUCAGUGCACUUGAAGAGUUUGUUCGAUCAAAAGAAAAUUGUGGCCAAAGGUUGUCUUGAAAGUGUAGAUCCAGAUCAAUAUGUUGGAGGAAGGCGACUUGGAUCAAACUGGUACGGGGUUCAGAUUUCUGUUCCCAUAGAGUGGGAUGAAGAUUUGAUUAGGCCGUUUUCAAACUUUUCCACAAUUGGAGAUGCAGUAGGAAAUUGCGUUGCAUGGCCUCACCACCUGGUGACUAAUGAAGAUAUUCAAGAAUGACUGGCUUUUGGUGGACAGGCGAUUUCAGCAUGUGAGUUGAAAGUUGAAUUGCUAUGUUUUAUGAUUAUUAUGUAGUUGUAUAGGCAUUUGCCAUUUGAAUAGAAAAAUUAACAUUAUGUAUGCUGCAUUUUCUAAAAAUGGUUUAUGAGAUGUUAAAUUGUUGGAAUUGUUAUAUUUUACGUCAA